UUCCAGGGUCAGAACGUUGAUUCGGGAGAUCCCUAAUAAAAUUAUGUUACUGUUAGAGUCAUUAAAAAGUUAUCGUUUACUACUUUCAGUGGUUGGUAUCGCGUUAGUGAAACUCAGCCAUGCUGAAUAUGAAAACAAAUUUGAAGCAACCAGAGGAUGCCUUCAGUUCAAUGCCAAAGAAGGUUACGACUUUGCCUACCCGUACUUUCCGACAGAAGGAUUCAAGAAUAUUCUAACGACUCCGGAGAAUGUAACAAUUUUCCGGGUUGGAAUGUUGGGAAAAAAUGCAGGUCACGUACGACUGUCUCCCAAACAGUUGCCCUACGAUGGGACGGCAAUGAACGAGAUCCUUAUUUCCGGUUGGAGCAACACCAAAACGGAAAUCCGUCGUUACACCCGAUCGAGCCCAAGAUCAACUUCCAAAGUGCAGGUACUGAAGCACCAGUCCAGCGAUGGGUUGCUGUCCGAGUUCAGGCCGCUGAUGUUUACGAUCGAAAUUCAUCCGGAUGGAGUGGUGAAACUGAUCAAGGAUGACCACGUCGAUCCGAUGGUGCAGUUCCAGGAUUCGGACAUGUCCUUCUCCUACAUGGGAUUCUGCAACUGGGAUGUGCCGAUGGUGUAUUUCUUUGACUGCCCGAUGCAGGUUGACCAGAGGGAGUGCAAUGGAGCAGUUUCAACUUUCUGAGGUGAACAGUGCAAAUUUGAGAUUAAUGAACAUGUGCCAGUGAAAAGUUCAGCAUAAGAAAAUUGUUUAAACAGUGAA